AUGAAUGAGAAAGUUGAAAAUAUUACGAAAUGGUUGCAAAGUAUAGAAUAUCUUCCUCAGGGAGCAUUCGUAUCAGAACCAUUACCGACCUCUCAAGCUUUACUUCAAAGCGUUUAUAAGGGAAAUAUGAUUCCAGUCUGGGAUCACUUGUCUAGGCGAAUAUCUCCGUCCAGUUUGAAAUCGAAGUUGCUUACAGCUUCUGUUAGAACGAACCACGUUGACCAACAUUUUCAAGAUAUUAUUCCUACGAACCCUUCUAAAGUUAGGGAUAUGGAAGAUAAAAUAUUUUCACUCAGGCUUGAAUUAAAUCAACUACAGAAGAAAUUUCAAGAAAAGCUUGAUGAAUAUGAGAGAUUACUCUGCUUUUGCGAAGACUUGAAAAAAAAGAAAUCUGUUUUAGAUAACGUUACCAAGUCGGUACUUGGACGCACCCAGUUUAUUUGCUCUAGAAUUAACUCCUUUGAAACUUUGAAUAACUUAUUUUUCUUGUCAAAGAAUUUUAGUGCCGAAAAUAAGGGAGCCUCAAAUAAAAUUAUUCAGAAUUCCUUACUUUUACUGACAUCUUUGUUUGAAAAACAUUUUCACUUGCAAGGGGAAAAUAUUUGGAACACACAUUCUUUUGCUGAGCAACUUUAUGAUCUUAAGAGGAUCUCGUCUUGGUCUGUCCUCUGCCAUACCUUGACCGAACUUUCUCGAAAAGAUUCGUAUUAUUUAAGGGAUGAGAAAAAGCGCCUGUGCUUUACAAAGGAUACACAUCUUUCAAAGCAUGAAAAAUCUCAGAGUUUCUCCCAAUUUGUUCAGACCCUUAACGCCGCCUUUCUCGGGAAGAUUGACGUUAUCCGGAAAAUGGAAGCCGAAAUAAAGUUUUUUGCGGAGACUUUUGGUAAGAACUUCCAGAAACCUUGUGAGGCUGCGCAAUCUGAGCACAAUCUCUCUUUAAUGGAAGCGGAAAUUAAAGCGAAGUGUCAAGAGGUUUUGCGCGACUUCUGUCAAAAAAAAUCUUCGGAAUACCACUCGCAAAUUAUUCACUUUGAUGAAUAUAAACUGACUUUUUUUAAAAAUAAGGAAAUCUUUUCCAGCGGAUCAGUUGAUCUGGCUGCUGCCUUUAACUUGGCGAGGCAACUUUUUGGGAUCCGCUCACUGAAGAAUCUAGAGUUUGAGGUUUUCCCGGUAGUUCACACCGUUUGCGAGAAAUUGCCCUUUUUGGGGGAAAGCCUCGCAGCCCUUCUUCGGUGGGAUACUGGCCUGAAACUACGCGAGCUGGAACGCUUCUUGCGGCUCCCCUUUAGUGCUGGUGCCUGCCUGGACUGUUUGGAGCACUUCUCCUGCGAACGCAUGACUCAUGUCCGCUCGCUUGAUAAAAAGUUGCACUCAAGUUUACAGGGACCUGCUUGCGGUGCUUUGCUACUUUGUGGUUACGCUCUGGAGUGCGCUAAAAACGGAAUCUACUUCAAGGACGAGGAACACUUGUUAACUGCUACCAGUAGGAGCUCAACAGAGUUUUUUCGGCACUUUAACGAAGCAAAAUGCCAAAAAAUACUAAAAGAUCUCCAUUCUCUUGGCAAUACUUUUACGGUUUUGACAAGUUUGCUUGCUGCCAACGUGGCUGAAGUAUUAAAAAGUUUUGAGAAUUGCGAGGAGGUCAUGAAGUUAAUCGAAGAAAGGGUCGCCUUCCCUAACCGAACCUUCUCUGUUGCAAAUAAUUGAAAUGGAAAAAAUUUUCAAGAAUUUAACGCAGAAGCCCUUUAUUUAAGUGUACCACGUUGC